AUGAGCGGAUUUCUAUCGUCUCCCCAAUCUGCAGACCCUUUGCCAACUAUUUCGCCGUCACCAGCGACAUGGACACCCCAAGAGCUACAGACUCUACACACUGGAUUAAAUACCUUUCCAAUCGAUCAAUUUGAUAAUGUCACACGUUACAUUAAAAUUGCUGCCACAUUGCCACGCAAAUGUGUGCGUGAUGUUGCCUACAAGGUCAAAGCUCUCGGAUAUACAGGAGGCCCAACGACUACCACAAAGCGCAUGAAAAUCGAACGUUACAAAGAUCCAAAUAUUCCGUCAGCUGAGCUUGAGGAAGCACGACUGGUAGCACUUUUACAGGACAAUAUGAUGAGAUUUCGAGCUAAUUGUGACACGGUACUCACUGCGUUGGGUGCCAUCUGCACGUCCAUUCCACCAUUGCCGUUGCAACUUGACACAUCUCUCUUAGAGAACGAGCAAGACAAAAGCGACAACAGUUCAUGA